AUGCAGUCGCUUUCCAGUAUUGCUGUUGUGACUUUUACACUUUUCAGUCUGGCUUACGCAGGAUAUAUUCCAUAUGACCACGCUAAUAGCUACGCCGCGGUGCAAUCUGCCGUUGUACCACACCAUGGCGCAUACUUAGCACCUGUCAAUGUAGUGGCCUACACUGGCAAUGGAUAUGAUCACUAUGAACACCACGAACCACAUCACUACCCCAAAUACGCUUUCGAUUAUGGUGUUAAGGACGCACAUACUGGCGAUCACAAGAGCCAAUGGGAACAGCGUGACGGCGAUAAGGUUAAGGGCGGCUACACACUGGCCGAAGCCGAUGGCACUACCCGCGUCGUGGAAUACACAGCCGAUGAUCAUAAUGGCUUCAACGCCGUCGUAAAGAAGAUCGGACAUGCGCACCACCCUCAGGUGCAUUACAACCAAGAAGGCUAUGGUUAUGGGGGCCAUGGACAUUAUCCCCUUGGACAUGCCAGCAGUUAUGUGGAAAUCAAAGAACACCAUUAA